CACCUCUAAUCCCGGACUAAACUGACUUUUGUUUUGUUAGUCUAUGGUUACGUUUAUCGUCACUCGUUCGUUGUACGCGAAUUUAAAGAAAGAAGUAGCAUUUUUGUGCCCCGAUAACUUAACCUGACAUUAAUUAAAUUCUAGUUCAUUGAGAAACAAGUGCACCAAACGUUUUGCUGGCCAAAACUUGAUCUCAGUAAUAAAUUUACUAACUCAUUUUCAGAGUGUUAAGGGGAACGUAGAUCAUUUGCUCGCAGAAUGUCUGCACCAGGUUUAACGUCAGAGGCACAGCUACGCUACCUCCUUCAGUGGUUUGGGGAGUUCAGUGAGUUGCAACGCGAAGAUUUCCUUCCGAUUCUCGCUGCUGCUCGUGCUGAUAAGCCGGACAUUCUUGCUGCAAGUCUUGCCAGACUCUCAUGUCAAGAUAAGCCUGUCAGUUUAUUCCAAUGCAGAAUCAAAUUGUUCAAUGAGUGGUACCCAACAUGGUCGGAAGAGGAGCAGGAUAGAUUAGCGAAAGGAGUAACAGAGAUGGAUCCUGAUUUUGGCACAAAGUUGAUGGAGGCCAUCUUCAAUGGCCCUCAAGUUAACGGAGAUACAAAUGGUACGGAUGUGGUGUUAGGUUCAUCUGAGAAUGGAUGUCAGGAAGUUGAUGAACCUCAAAGUAAUGGUGAGGCAUCAGAAAGUGUACCUGAAGAACCCGUUGAUGCUCCUGUAGUACAGGGUAAUAUUCCUGUAGAAAUUGUAGCAGCCUCCUAACAUGAUGAGAAUGGGAAUUAUGUUACCCCACACCCACAUAUUUUUUAUUCAAUUUACAUGCUUACUGAAUCUCUUCGACUUUUUUAGCAUUUGUUAUAAUAAUUUUAUUAUUAUAAUUAAUUAAUAUACUUAUGUUUAUGUAAAUUAAGUCAAACAUCUUGCCUCAAGGCAUUUGAAGUCAAUUAUCGGCAACUUUGUAUACACGCAUCUAUUUUCUCCUUUUGGUAUAAUUAUAUUUUAUUUUUCUAAGUCAUUCGUAAGAAAAUAUAUACAUUCCGUAAGUUUUACAAUGAGUAUUUAUCUUUUAUAAAAGAUAUCUAAGUUUAUGGAAGAAAAUUUCCAAUUUUAUAUAUAAACCUUCAAACACAACUCUGGACGAUAAACAUUACUGUAUGUUUACAUUGCAAAUGCAAUUAAAAGACUUAAUCUGUAAACAUUCCAAAUUUACAACAUUGUCAUUCCACUUGUAUGUAUUCUAUACACAAUUUGUGUGUGGUGUAAUGUUGCCUGCAAGUAAAAAGAACUCCUUAUCUAUAACUAUAUGUAACAAGUUUAACACUGUUUUAAUUAACAAAUAAAUAUAUAAUUAUAUAAAUGUUACAUAAUAUACAUGUUUGUGUGAUAUGUGAUAAAUAAAAACAGCAUUGCUGUUUCGUAGUGAAGGCGUGCUUUUAAUCAGCCAACUGUUUGUCUUAACACUGCAUCUAUGUAUUUGAAAUGUAUUCUGCACAUAUACUAUCACGAAAUAUGUUAGGAUUAAUAAUUAACCCAAAAUAUCGUAACACAUUUAUCUGGGAGAUAAGUUUCAAGAAAACAUUCUUAAACUAUAGUCACAUUUAUGAAAUUUGUGUUAAGAAGAAUAGUCAUUUUUUCAUGAAAAGUAGAUAUAGAUAUUACAUCAACACGAAGAAUAAAAAUAAACUGGUUGUAGACAGUCCUUUACAAAUUCAUUUAAGAGGCUUUGUAUGUUUUUUUAUCUAUAAUAAGAUUCCACUUGGUAUUUAAAAUUUACCAUUUAUGAUUUAGAACCAUAGUGAAACAAAAUUGUUGUACUAAAGGUCUUCGAUCUUUAUUAGAGAUUCGUUUAGCUCUUUCUUCUAUCUUAUGUUACAAAUAGCAACCCCUAAAGUUUCUUACUCACUCUUCUCUUCUGCCUUACGAAUGAGUAGUUGAAUUAAUGUGACGAUCUUUAGAAUUUCCUCAAUGGCUAUCAUUGAGAAGGAAAAUUUUUGCUUUAAAUACGAUUUUAUUGUUUAUUUAAAUCAGAUAGGUAUACGAUUUUAUUAUUUACAUUGGCUGAUGCGAAAUAGAAUGGAAAGUGGAUUUUUUGGACUACUAUUGAAACUUACGUAAAAUUGUUGGUUGUAAUGAUAAAAUGUGAGGCUUUGGGCUAAUUCAAAGUAACUCAAUACUAUAUAUUGUAAAUUAAUAUAAAAAAACGUAUUCUAAUAUUCACACUGAAUGUAUCUGGACUGAUAGUAAAAAAAAUAUGUUCCUAGGAUAAUAGCAUAGUGAAGUACAAAAUGGAAUCUGUGCCAAGGUCAACUAGAAUAGUUUUUAUUAUUUUUCAUUUUCAUUACAAAUGGUUUCACGGAAUCUGGGCCCCCAAGUCUGCUAAUUUUAAAUCAUUGUGUGUGGAUAGCGUGUCAAUAACAGACUUUUGUACUUUUGGUAUUCUGCUAAAAAAUAGAGUGGUGGCUGGUCAGUGAUUAGCCAUCGAUCUCCUAUUCAACUGCCAUACCAUUUUUUUGGUAAUCUGCUGUUCGAUGGCGUAUAUAGCUAAUAUUACAUUUAAUUUGAAGAUUAAAGUGCUGAUUUAACUAGAGAAAAAUUAAGAUAUGCAUCG